GUCGCAAAGAGGGCAAGGGCUCAUCAUCGGAGAGUCAGCGAAGCGUGAGAAUCGCAACAGCUUCAUGUGGCAAGCACCGGCGCAUCACUGCAACGACUCUCUGCUAUCUCUAUGCCCUUUGACGACCAAAAUAGCCGAGUCUGAGCACCAUCUGAUUGUGCCUCCGUGUGUCCAGCACAGCGCCAGAGCGCCUCAGCCAGAAAGUCGAUGCGGCUCGCAACGGAGACCUCGAGGCCAAUCAGGCGCGUUCUCACGUCUACGACGGCGAGAUUUGACGUCCGUCAGCCGCUCACGAUGCCCUUGCGCAGCCAAGUACUGCCGAGCAGAGUAGUGAGCGAUGCUGCCCAUGGGAAAAUCAGCUCGUUGUGUGCAAGACCGGGCUGAUGGGAAGAAGCUUUACGAUUGCAGGUACGGUCAGAUAGCAGUGACAAGACCGUGA